ACCAGCAGCAGUUCAGGCCGAAAAGGUAAGAAGUCAAAGCCACCGCUCCACAGCGCUGGCCCUGUGCGCCGGCCCGAGAACUUCGGCGACGUGACCGGCGGAUACAGAAAGGAGGAUCAAAAUGAGGAUUACAUGCCUGUCUCGAUGUCAGGCCGGGGUCGACCGGAUGCGAAGCCAUCUCUGGGUCUACGAAAUCUACCGGUCACAUCUUCUCAAGGAUCAUCCGCUACCUCAUCGCGCAACCAGUCGCCCGCCCCUCAUCGGCCUACAUCCAUCACCACCACCACCACCAGCAACAACAACAAAGCCUUACCCUCAGCCGCGGGACCCGUCAUCUCGGAUCUCUUACCUAACGUGAAGUCGAAAGCAGCCAAGUCGACGGCGCGUGGCGCCGCAAAUGCAGGCGGAGGAGGCACGUCCUCCUCGUCAUCGAUCAAAGGCGGCGGCGCCCUGACGACAACGAACAUCACCGACCUGACAGCCGCGAUCGCCGCGCUGGAGGUAUCCACGAACCCAACGCUGGGCCCGGGGGCCCGGAAAUGCACGUGUUACGCCAGCAUCCACCCGCUCUUCGACCCGGCGCCGAAUUGUCUGAACUGCGGGAAGAUCAUCUGCGCGCUGGAGGGGCUGCAGCCGUGCUCGUUCUGCGGGACGCCGCUGCUGUCGAGCGACGAGGUGCAGAGCAUGAUCCGGGAGCUGCGCGCGGAACGGGGCCAGGAGAAGAUGCGGGCCCACAAUGAGAGCGUCCAGCACCGGGAUGGGGGACCGGGGCUGGGACCGGGAAGCAACAGUACCAGCAAUAAUAAGCUGGACGCGGCCCGCGCGCAUCGCGAUAAGUUGCUACAGUUCCAGGCGCAGAACGCCAAGCGCACGCGGGUGGUGGACGAGGCGGCGGACUUUGAGACCCCCAAUGUCGCGUCGACGCUGUGGAUGACCCCCGCACAGCGGGCGCUGGCCCUGAAAAAGCAGCAGCGGAUCAUGCGGGAGAUGGAGGAGAAGGCCCGGCCGGAGUGGGAGAAGAAGAAGACCAUCAUGAGUUUGGAUAUCAAGGGUGGUCGAGUGACGCGGGUGUACCAGUCCGCCGCGGAAGCGACCGGAUCGUCGAAGGUCGCGGAGGAGGGGGAGGACGAUGAUGACAAUGAGGCCAAGGCUGCGCGGCGAGAUGAGGCCGAUCGUGGAAACAGCGGUGGCCAUGCGUUUAGCAACAAUCCGCUUCUGGCGGCUGGCGGGCUGCUGCGGCCGGUGUGGAAAACGGCCGACGGUAAGCAGCCCGAGACGGCGCGCAAGGAGCGCCAGCCAACCUGGCGGCGGGUGCAGGAUGAUAACGAUGAUAACGAGCAGUGGAUUCUGGAUGGCGGGGCGCAUGGGUAUACAUGAUCCUAUGGAGGCGCAAAGAUUCUGGCGUCACCGUGCAGUUCCUUCCUCUCUCUCUGCAUCCAGGAGUGAGUAUGUUGGCUUGUACAUACUCAACGCUCCCCUUGCAUAGUAUCUCAGUGUGUUCUCGCUGGUUGUCUCAACCACAG